GAGUGAUUUAGUGAGUUGGAGUGAGUAAGAGAGAGUGUGUGAGCUGAUCCGUCAUGACAGAGCUGUGUGUGAAGUGGUCGUGUGAGUACUGCACGUAUGAAAACUGGCCGUCUGCUGUGAAGUGCACCAUGUGCCGGGCGCAGCGUCCCAGUGGAACCAUCAUAACAGAGGAACUGUCCCCGAGCGGCGCCGGACACCAGUGUGACCCCGAGGGUAACGACAGCCUGCUCAUCUGCCCUGACUCCAGCGCCCGGCCCCGUGUCCGCCCGACCCAGUCCUCCGAGCACAGCGGCAAAUGGUCGUGUCAGGUGUGCACUUACCUGAACUGGCCCAGAGCGAUCCGCUGCACCCAGUGCCGCAGUGUCCGGCAGCGUGUGUGUAGCCCCACAGAAACCCCCCAGACGUCCAGGAGCAGACGGGGCCCCGCGGCCGGCCCUCCAGUGGAUCCAUGUGAGGAGUACAACGACCGGAACCGACUCAACACACGAGCACAGUGCUGGACCUGCUCGUCCUGCUCCUACGAGAACUGGCCCAAAUCCCCUCGCUGCGUGGUGUGUGACCACCCCAGACCCAACGAGCCUGACGAGCCCUCGUCCCUGAAUAACGAGCGGGACCGCGGCCGAGCGCGGGGGGUGUGCAGCGGGGCACAGCGGCUCUCGUCUGUCUCCUCUAAACCUGAGGCAGAGCUGCAGAUCGAGCUGGCCGCUGGAGCUCAGAGCGGUCAGGAGGAGAUCGAGCUGGACAACAAGAAGAUCAAACAGAUCAAGAACCGCAUGAGGAGAACCGACUGGCUGUUCCUGAACGCCUGCGCCGGUGUAGUCGAGGGCGAUCUGUCUGCGGUGGAGGUCUAUAAGUCUUCAGGAGGAGACAUCGCUCGUCAGCUGACCUCCAGCGAGGUGCGUCUGCUCAACCGACCCUCAGCAUUCGACAGCGGCUUCACUCUCGUUCACCUCGCCAUCCGCUUCCAGAGACAGGACAUGCUGGCCAUUCUGCUGACCGAGGUUUCCCAGCAGGCCGUCAAAUGCAUCCCAGCGAUGGUUUGUCCUGAGCUGACGGAGCAGAUCCGCAGAGAGAUCAGUGCAUCACUGCACCAGCGCAAGGGAGACUUCAGCUGCUGCUUCCUGACUGACCUCGUCACCUUCACCCUGCCGGCAGAUAUUGAAGAUCUGCCUCCGGCUGUUCAGGAGAAGCUCUUUGAUGACAUCCUCGACCGCGACGUCCAGAAGGAGCUGGAGGAGGAGUCUGCGGUCAUCAACUGGUCUCUGGAGCUGGGCACGCGUCUGGACAGUCGUCUGUAUGCUCUGUGGAACCGCACGGCUGGAGACUGUCUGCUGGACUCUGUUCUUCAGGCCACGUGGGGCAUCUAUGAUAAAGACUCGGUGCUGAGGAAAGCUCUUCAUGACAGUUUACACGACUGCUCUGACUGGUUCUACACACGCUGGAAGGAGUGGGAAUCAUGGUAUUCUCAGAGUUUUGGGCUUCAUUUCUCUCUGAGAGAAGAACAGUGGCAGGAGGACUGGGCCUUCAUCCUCAGCCUCGCCAGUCAGCCCGGGGCCAGUCUGGAGCAGACUCAUAUCUUUGUUCUGGCUCAUAUCCUGCGGCGGCCCAUCAUCGUGUACGGAGUGAAGUACUACAAGAGCUUCAGAGGAGAAACAUUAGGAUACACUCGAUUCCAAGGUGUUUACCUGCCGUUGCUAUGGGAACAGAGCUUCUGCUGGAAAAGUCCCAUCGCUCUCGGUUACACGAGAGGUCACUUCUCUGCUCUGGUUGGCAUGGAAACCGACGGCUACGAUAAUCGCGGCGCAGGCGCUAACCUCAAUACUGACGAUGACAUCACCGUGACCUUCCUGCCGCUGGUGGACAGUGAGAGGAAGCUGCUGCAGAUCCACUUCCUGUCAGCACAAGAGAUGGGCAGUGAGGAGCAGCAGGAGCGUCUGCUCAGGGAUUGGCUGGACUGCUGUGUGACAGACGGAGGGAUGCUGGCGGCGCUGCAGAAGAGCAGCAGACGGAGACAUCACCCGCUCAUCACACAGAUGCUGGAGCAGUGGCUGGAUGGGUACCGGCAGAUGCACCCGUGUCCCACGCUCUCCGACGAGGAGGACGAGGAGGACGACGAAGACGAGUGACCCCCUGAAACCAUUUCAACACUGUUCCACAUGAGCCCUCUUUCCCAGAAUGCAAUGUGAGCACCCCCCCCCCCCCCCCAACAACAGUGAGGGCUGAAAAUCUUUGUUUAGUCAAAUGAAUUUAGUUUCUUCGGUGUGUUUGUAUCCAUCGUAUGUAGAUGAGCUGUAGGUAGCUCUUUACAUGAGGAACGGUGAGAAUAAAAGA